AGACGAACAAUUUUCAAAGAACAAAAAAAAUGGGAACAUCAAAGAUUCACAAAUACUAAACAAAAUGAAGAUCCUGAUCAAGUUUUUUGUCCAACCCUUGAAUUUCUGUUAUAUCAGAUAGACCCAGAGAAACCCUUUCACUCACCAUUACCAAAAACCCCCAGAAAUUUUGUUAUUUAAAGGAGGAUUUGAUAACAUUCACCAUUAUCAAGACAUCAGAUAAAAAGAUUUGAUUCUUUUGUAAAAGGAAUGAAGGAAGAAAAUGAAGAAGAGGAGAAACCCUUAAGAGAAACAAGAAAAUGGUUAGGAAAUUUCCAGAAAGAUUUGAUAGCAGGAGCAGUAAUGGGUGGAUUUGUUCAUACAAUAGUAGCACCAAUAGAAAGGGCAAAACUAUUAUUACAAACACAGGAAAGCAAUAUAGCAAUUGUUAACGGAAAGAACAAGAGAUUUAAAGGAAUGGUUGAUUGUAUUUUAAGAACUAUUAGAGAAGAAGGUGUUAUUUCUUUAUGGAGAGGGAAUGGUAGUAGUGUUAUUAGGUAUUAUCCUUCUGUUGCUCUCAACUUUUCUCUCAAGGAUCUGUACAAAAACAUUUUAAGGAGUGAAGGAUCUCCAUAUAACCAGUUUAUGGCUGGUGCCCCAGCGAAUUUCAUUGCUGGUGCUUCUGCUGGCUGUACAACACUGAUUAUCAUCUACCCACUUGAUAUUGCUCAUACGCGCCUUGCAGCAGACCUUGGGAGAAAUGAAGCUCGCCAGUUCAAAGGAAUCAUCCACUUCUUAUCCUCUAUUCGUAAAAAAGAUGGAAUCAAGGGUAUCUAUAGAGGCCUACCUGCCUCUUUACAUGGGAUGAUUGUCCAUCGGGGUUUAUAUUUUGGGGGUUUUGAUACAGUGAAAGAAAAGAUGUCAGAAAAAUCUGAUCUCGAGUUGCAGUUAUGGAAACGCUGGGUUGCUGCCCAAGCUGUAACAACCUCUGCAGGUCUAUUGUCAUACCCCUUAGACACUGUUCGAAGGCGAAUGAUGAUGCAAUCUGGUUUGGAGAAGCCAAUGUACCAGAGUACACUAGAUUGUUGGAAGACGAUUUACAGGACUGAAGGGGUGCGUUCAUAUUAUCGUGGUGCAGUUUCAAAUAUGUUUAGGAGUACUGGUGCUGCUGCAAUUUUGGUUCUAUACGAUGAAGUUAAGAAGUUCAUGAAUUGGGGUGGUUUGUAGCAGAAACCUAACCCCUUCUCGACAUAGAUAAUUUUUUUGGUCCCAGCAGAAUCCGGAAGUGUCUCAUACGCUAACGGGAUUUUAUAGCAGAUUAUUGUGGAAUAUGUACAAUAUGAGAUUCAGUAGCCAUGCUUUACUCUUCUUUUUUUGUAUGGGGGGUUUUCCACGUGUUUUUAGCAAAUAAUGGAGUUAGCAUUCUUGUUGAGAGGAAGUUGUUUCUUGUGAAGUUCACUUCUCUCUUAGUCAUUUUGGUUUUCAUUUCCAUUAUUGUUUGUCAGUACUCAGCAACAGACAGAAAGAAUGCAAAAACAGAUACAAUUACUGAAUUAGAUUCA